AUGAAGUUAAGUAGUUUUGCGGUGUCAAAGGUGAAGAAAUCACCGCAAGGAUGAAGCUGUGUAAAACUUUUCUCGAGAAUGAGUUCAGAGGCCAGCUGCUGAGCCAGAGGUGGACACGAGGGGACAGAGUCAGCAGCUGUGAGAACAAGAGGAGUAGGAGACUAAAAAUGAGCCAAGACACAGAUGAGAAGCGGACGAGGACACGCUCAAAAGGAAUUAGAGUUCCUCUUGAGCUUGUCGGACAAGAAUACAGCUGCCCUACGCCAGGAUGCGAUGGCUUAGGCCAUGUCAGUGGAAAGUAUGCACGACACAGAAGUGCAUUGGGCUGCCCAUUGGCUAAGAAAAGAAAACUCCAGGAGGCUGUGGAGAAUCAGCCAGCCCCCAAAAAGAAGCCAAACCCCCUAAAGCUGGCCAUGGAUGAUGGGUUCAAUGCAGACAGUGACACAAACAGUGAAACAGAAACAAAAGAUGAGGGUGUGGAGUCUGAAGAGGACACUGCUGAUGAAGAGAUGGAAGCAAAAGAAAAAACACCUUCAUCAGAAGCAAUGACAGACGAAAUUUCACAAGUGGAUUUAGAAGAGAAAAAGACACCUGUCAGAGAAACAUCAAGUCCAGUUCCAGAGAAUGAAAUUGAGAAUGAAGAAGCCAAUAUCGAGGCUACAUCCAUCCAACAAAUCACCAUGGAUACUGAGGCAGAGGAGGGGCUACAGGUCGCAGAAGAGAUUCAGGCUCGAGAGGAAGAGGUAGAGGAGGAAGCAGAAGAGAUUUCAGAAGAGGAGCGAGUGACCCAGCAGCUAAAAGAGACCGACGAGCCUGUGACAACAGUUGAGGAAGAAGAAGAGGAGGAGGAGGAGGAGGAAGAAGAGGGGGAAGAGGAAACACAAUGUUUGAGCCAGAAGAACAACACGGAUCACCAGUACUUCAGUGGAGACUUUGGCAAAAUCCAGACCAAAGAGAUUGUGGAGACAGAGAAAGACAGUGCAGAUGAUGAUGAUGAUGAGGAAGAAGACGAGGAGGAGAUCCAAUCCCAGGUAGAGCCUUCCUCCCUAAUUGCCCCUGUCCCCGCUGCGUCAGCUCAGGAAUUAGACGUGAUGACACACAGCAACAUAAACCUUGACCAUCCUCUUGGUGAAGAGGAGGAGGAGGAGGAGGAUGAAGAAGAAAGAGAUGAUGCUUCGGAUAAAGACUCGCCCACUGUAGUCAUCGAGCUGGGUUCAGAUGGAGAGGAAGAAGAAGAAGAGGAAGAGGAAGAUGACGGAGAAGAAGAGGAGGCCGAUGAAGCAGACUAUGACGAGUUGGACAGCAUGUCACAGAGGUCAGAGGUCACAGAUGACUCAGAGACGUACGACAUGACACGGGGGAACCUGGGACUUCUCGAACAGGCCAUUGCACUGAAAGCCAAACAAACCGGCCACAGUUCUGAAGAGAGCUGCUCUCCUGAGCAGCAGCGCUACCACAGCUCAGAAGAGAGGAUGAAUAAGACCAUGGACAUCACAGCUCGUAGAGCAUACUAUGGCAAAGAAGGUUCUAGAUCAGAGAAGAAGGAAGUAAAGUGCCCUACUCCAGGAUGUGAUGGGGCAGGUCAUGUGACUGGAUUAUACCCACACCACCGCAGCCUUUCUGGGUGCCCACACAAGGACAGAAUCCCUCCAGAGAUCUUGGCAAUGCACGAGAAUGUACUAAAGUGUCCAACAUCUGGAUGCACUGGACAGGGACAUGUGAACAGCAACCGCAACACACAUCGCAGUCUCUCUGGCUGCCCUAUUGCUGCUGCAGGGAAACACAAAAGCCAUGAAAAGCAGUCACAGCCGCAGAUCUCUGUGAUUGAUCCUGUGAGCGGAGGCUCAAACUCUGACAGAGUUCUCAGGCCGAUGUGUUUUGUGAAACAGCUGGACAUCCCUCAGUACGGUAGCUACAGGCCCAAUGCCAUGCCAGCCACUCCUCGUGCCAACCUGGCCAAGGAGCUGGAGAAGUAUUCUAAGGUGUCCUUUGACUAUGCAACCUUCGAUGUACAGGUGUUCGGCAACCGCAUGCUUGCACCCAAGAUGCCCACCAGCGAAACCUCACCUAAAGCCUUCAAAUCCUCGUCCCCCAGCCACAGCCUGUCAGGAGGAUACACCAAAAGCAGCUCCUCUUCCACCUCAAGUGGGUACGAUUAUACCCAUGAUGCCGAAGCCGCACACAUGGCUGCCACUGCCAUUCUCAACCUGUCCACCCGCUGCUGGGAGAGGCCUGAAAACCUCAGCACCAGACAGCCAGAUCAGGCCAGCAAAGACAUGGACAUUGAGGUGGAUGAGAAUGGCACACUGGACCUCAGCAUGAAAAAACCCAAUAGGGAAGGAGUCAGGUCACCAGACCCAUCUUCAUCCUCGUCAACAUCUUCUCAACACCAUGGCGUCACCUCACCCCACUCCAGCCACACCCACAAACAAGAGGAGUGGGAGGGGCCUCUGGACUACACCAAGUCAAACCAACAGAAAGAGGAGGAGCCAGAGGAGGUUGAGUACACCACACACUCAUACGCCUCCUCUGAUGGAGACGAUGAUGAUGCCACUCAGGGGAGCAUGGAGGACAGGAAGUACCCUGGUGAGGUCACAACCUCCAGCUCCAAGGUCAAAUUCCAGCCCAAGGACAGCAAGAAAGAGAUCUUGCUAUGUCCCACACCAGGUUGUGAUGGCAGUGGACAUAUAACUGGGAACUAUGCAUCACACCGCAGCACACACACACAUCCCCUUGCUGAUAAAAGUCUUCGGACCCUCAUGGCUGCCCACACUGCUGAACUCAAAUGCCCUACCCCAGGUUGUGAUGGAUCAGGACACAUCACUGGAAACUAUGCUUCCCAUAGAAGUCUGUCUGGAUGUCCACGUGCCAAGAAGGGAGGAAUCAAAACCACCCCAACUAAGGAUGACAAAGAAGAUUCUGAGCUCCUAAAGUGCCCGGUGCCAGGUUGUGACAGUCUGGGGCAUAUCAGUGGGAAAUAUGCCACCCACCGCAGUGCCUAUGGGUGCCCACUGGCAGCACGCCGGCAGAAGGAGGGCAUGUUAAAUGGCACACCAUUCUCCUGGAAAGCCUUCAAGGCUGAGGGCCCGACCUGCCCUACGCCAGGAUGUGAUGGAUCAGGACAUGCCAAUGGCAGUUUUCUCACUCAUCGCAGUCUAUCAGGUUGCCCUAGAGCUUCAGCUUACAAGAAGAGAGCCAGGUUCCCAGGAGAUGAUUACAUCAGCAAGAAAUUCAGGGCAAGUGAUGUUCUUGACAAUGAUGAAGACAUAAAACAGCUGAACAAAGAAAUCAAUGAACUGAAUGAGUCGAACUCCGAGAUGGAAGCAGACAUGGCCAACCUCCAUACACAGAUCUCAUCCAUGGAGAAGAACCUCAAGAGCAUGGAGGAGGAGAAUAAGCUCAUAGAGGAGAAGAAUGACGCUCUGUUCAUGGAACUGUCAGGCUUGAGCCAGGCUCUUAUCCGCAGCCUUGCCAACAUCCAUCUACCACAGAUGCAAGAACCCAUCACUGAGCAGAAUUUUGACACCUACGUGGACACGCUGACCCACAUGUUCACCGAUAAGGAGUGCUAUCAGAACCCAGAGAACCGAGCCCUACUCGAGUCGAUCAACCAGGCCGUCAAAGGCAUUGAGGUGUGAGCAGAGGAGCGGCAGCUGCAAGACACUGGGGGUUAAAUAACCAGACCAACAACAUAAAAAUGCUGUUUAAGGACAUUCAGGUUUUGUAUGUGGCGCCCUCUGUAAACGAGGAAUGUCACAAGACCCGUGGAAGUCAG